AUGUCAUUUUCAUAUUGCAAGGAGUAUGGAAAGGACAAGGUUAUUUUCGUGACCAAGGAGGACCAUGCCACGGCCAGCACAAUAGAGCUGCCGCCACCGGAACAGCCGGAGGGUGUAAUCACCAAGGACGGCAAGAUCAACUGGAGUUGUCCUUGCCUCGGUGGAAUGGCCACCGGUCCCUGUGGCGUCGAUUUUCGCGAGGCCUUUUCAUGCUUUCAGAACAGCACUGCCGAUCCCAAGGGAUCCGAUUGCUACGAUGCCUUCACCAAGAUGCGUGAUUGUUUCCAGAAGUAUCCAACCGUAUAUAACAAAUCCGGUGGAGAUGACGACGACGAUGAUGGGUUGGGCGAUGCUUUGGACACUGAUACCUCUUCGAUUGCUGGCCAGAACGCAGAUCCGCUGGCGGAUGUUGGCAAUGCAGGAGGCGGAAACGAGGAUGUAGCCCCUAGAGGUAACUCAGUGGUGCCCAAGGCUUAGAUGUCGUAUUCAACAUACUUAUACUUUAAAGUUAAGGGCUAGGUGUGACUUCGUACAAAAUAAAUAAAGCUUGUCAUAGUUGGGGGCUAAUCGGGCUCCAAUCAUAUAA